AUGUCGUCGUCCUCGAGCGCCGCGCAGUCCCCGCCGCCGGGUGAGAAGAUGGACCCCGUGCUGCGCAACGCCCUGCGCUACACCAUCAGCGCGCGCGAGUACCAGCUCCUGCACCACUUUCUGCUCUCGCGGGCCCCCGCCGUCAGGAAGCGCUCCCUCCACCCACGCCGCUACGAGGCCCUCUCCAACGGCCCAGACGACUACCGGGUCGCCGCCGUCCGCGCCUCGCUGCGUCUGGGCAUGGCCACCUUCGCCGGCCUGAAGACGUGGGAGCUGCUCAAGGCCAGGCUGCUGGCGCGAGGCCCCGCGGUCCAGAGCACACGACAGCCCGCAGCGCCCGUAGCCAAGUCGACAACCUCCACAAACGUCCGCCUGAGCAGCUCGCUCGCCCUCAUCCUCCUCUUCCACCGUCUGCUCCGCCGCUUCUUUGUCCGUCUGCGCGAAAGCGUCCUCGCCAACGACGCCCGCUCCUUCAGGAAGCGCAACCCACGCCUCUCGCGCGCGCUCACUUCGCCCAUGGCACCGGCCAUGGGCCCCAGCUUGGCCGGCUUCUUCCUGGCCGUCUACCCAGGAGACCAAGUGCGCAUCACCAUGGCCAUCUACUUCUUCACCAGAGCCCUCGAGUUCGGCUUCAACUUUCUCCAAGACCGCGGCUGCUUCAAGGACAGGCCCCCCUGGUUUGGCUCGUGGAUGUUGAUGCCCAUCGCCUGCGGACAACUGCUGCACGCAUUUGUCUUUGACCGGGACUGCUUCCCACAAAGCAUCGGGAACUCGAUCAUGGGCAACUCCCCACACUACAUACAGCAGAGGCCUGUCGAUGCGCCCGCCUCCCUUCCCUGGCCAGAUACCUACGCCAUUGUGGACGGACUGGCCGAGAUCGCAAAGCAGCGCUGGCCGCCCUUUGUCUCUCCCAUCCUCUUCCCCGCCCACGACACCCUCCCCAAGAGCCUUGCCGCCAUUUCGCCCAUCACCUCGCCUGCCCACCCAGCCAUCAGGUCGCUCUCGUGUGCUCUCCUCCACCCCCAUGACCCAUCUUGUCUGCGCACAUACAUGCAAUACUGGAUCCAAGCCUUCCCCAAAAUCGCCCGCUUCUUCACCCUCCUGUUCACCGCAAUGAGCCUCGCCCGCUACAAGUCUUUUCUCGCCGCCCCAUCGGCAGCGCUCAACAAACUGGCAAAGAGCAUUCUGCGCAUGUCGCUCUUCCUCUCCGGCGCUAUCGGUACGAGCUGGGGCUCCAUCUGUCUCUUCCAGACCCUCUUCCCGCCCAACUUCCUCCCUACUCAGCGAUGGUUCCUCGGUGGCUUCCUCGGCGGUCUCUGGGCCUUUCUUCAGCGCAAGGGCGGGAGAGGAAACUUCUUGUACUGCACACGCAUGUCCAUUGACUCGGCCUGGAAGGUGGGUGUCAAGAGGGGCUGGUGGAGGGGCGUUGCGAACGGGGAUGUGUUGCUGUUUGUGCUGAGCUUGGCUACCGUCAACGUACUCUACGAGAUUGCGCCGCGGUCGGUGAGCAGUGGCGUCGCGCGGAAGGCCUUGGGCGUGCUCAGAGGUGAAGGCUGGGUGGAUAGGGCGCUUUCCCCCAGGGAGGGAGCGAGUGACGACGACGUGGACGGUGUUCCGCCACGCACGGAUUCAUGA